UUUAGGGCUUUUUAGCGCGGCUAUGGCGUUGCGCUGCGCUCCAAUCGCCGAGCGCCCAGGUCUGUCUGCGCGUCAGUCGAUUUUUCGUGUUCUAGGUCGUGGCUCGAGGAGGAUUGGUGCAAUUCGGGAUUCCUUGGCGUUCCCAUACGAGAAUGUGGGCGACUGCUUGCUUUACACUGCUCCAGACGCGAUGGCGAGGAAGAAGAAGCCCAAGGCGCUUGUUCAAUUCCUUGGGGGGGCAUUUAUCGGCGCUGCUCCAGAGCUGACUUACAGCUAUUUUAUUGAGCUCCUUGCGAAGCAGGGAUUCUUGAUCAUGGCAGCUCCUUACAACGUUACUUUCGAUCACGAGUUAUGUGCUCGACGAAUUCACGGCAACUGGAGCUCGUCUUUGAAUUUGCUUGCACAAUCGGGCUGCGAAUUGUUUGGGCUCUCUCCAAGUGAUGUCGCCGAGCUUCCAGUGAUAAGUGUUGGUCACAGCAACGGGGCACUCAUGCAGGUUUUGAUAGGAAGCUAUUGUAUAGACGAAAAGCUUCCAAAGGCCAGUGCAAUAAUCUCUUUCAACAACAAGCCUGCGGUUCAGGCUGUUCCAUUUUUUGAUCAGUUAGGACCGACCUUAUCCUCAGUAGCUCAAGGCUCACCCGUGAUGGCCUUUGCGGAAUUUUUAACAGAGGAGACAAUGAAAGCCAUAGCGGAUCCACCAUUUCCUUUGCCACCGGGCAUAGAGCGAGAAAGUCUGGAGCCUGUGAGGAGAUUUAUUCAACAAAUUCCGUCUGUCUUCGGUCAGGUUGCUGAUGGAGUCUCCGAGUUUAAACCCACUCCAGAGCAAAACAGAAGCUUAAUUUCCAGCAGUUACGCAGUUUCUCAUACUCUCCUGGUGAAAUUCUCCGUGGACACUAUCGACGAGACUGAUUCUCUCGAAGCCCUGCUAAGACCGCAAGUAGACAAGAUUGGAGGCACGCUCAGGAAGAUGGCCUUGACUGGAACACACGCAACACCACUCUUACCUGAUUUGAAGCUAGAACCAGGAAAAAUCUACACUCCGGUCGAUGCCGUGAGCCAGGCAGUGAGAAAAGCCGCUCUCGCAGACGUAGAGAACUUGGCGAGAAAGAUUGGAGACUGGUUUGAAGAGCUCCGAAGUGAUGCUCUUCUUUAGAGCUUUCGUGGAAAUCCCUUUGCCGUGCAUUCUUUGAAGAGAAUUUUCUUACCUCGCAGAGAAAACUCAAUCUGGUGGAACUUUUCUAUUAGGCUAUUAAUUAAGAUAAGCAAAUGCUUGGUCAA